AUGAGAUCAAGGCAACCAAUUUGCUUUGCUUUUCUCUUUUCUAGUCUUCUAUUCUUUCCUAGUGUUGCCACCGUCUCUUCUACUUAUGGUGGAAAUGAGAGCGAUCAUCUGGCGUUGGUUUCAUUCAAGUCGAUGAUUACCCUCGAUCCAUACGGAUCAUUAAGCUCUUGGAACACUUCCCUUCAAUUUUGUGAGUGGAGUGGUGUAUUAUGUGGAAAGCGGCAUAGAAGAGUGAUUGGUGUACAACUGAACUCAAAAGGCCUAAAAGGCGUUUUAUCUCCUCAACUAGGGAACCUUAGUUUCCUUCGUGAGUUUUCGAUUAGGGACAACAACUUUCAAGGAACCAUCCCUUCUGAACUAGGCCGUCUUUCCAGGCUACGUUUCCUUGGUCUUGACCGAAAUAAAUUUGAUGGGGUCAUUCCAACUAACCUAUCCAGUUGUUCUAAUCUUGAAAUUCUUUGGCUUGGUUUCAAUAAGAUAGUUGGAAGCAUACCUAAGGAGAUUACUUCCCUCCCAAAACUUACGUUUGUAGUAGCUGAUAUGAAUAACUUAACCGGCGGAAUCCCAUCUUUCUUAGGAAAUAUGACAUCCAUGGAAGUAUUCUCUGUUUCCGGAAAUCCAUUGGGUGGAAGCAUUCCUGACACCUUAGGCCAAUUGAAAAGCUUAAGAGAGAUCUUUUUGUCAGCCGCUUUAAGGGAUAACCAACUGACAGGACCUCUUCCAUCCUCCAUAUCUAAUUGUUCGAAAUUAAAAUUUCUUGAAAUGAGUGACAACUACUUUAAUGGCAAGUUGACAAUAGACUUUGCAAAGCUAAGAGAUAUCAAUGAAGUGUUUAUAGGUAACAACCUCUAUGGACGAGGAGAAGAUGACGAUAUGAAGUUCAUUGAUUCCUUGAUGAACUGCAGCAAAUUGGAGAUGUUGUAUCUUUAUAAGUGCAAUUUUCAAGGAACGCUACCCGCAUCAAUCGGUAAUCUUUCUCAUAACCUCGAGACUCUAGAACUUGGAGGAAAUAAGUUAUAUGGAAACCUCCCUUCAAGUAUAGGUAAUCUAGUUGGCUUGACCACUCUAAACGUAGGAGAUAACCGAUUUACAGGGAAAAUCCCUUCAACCAUAGGAAUGCUUCAAAAGCUACAGGUUGCCAGUCUAUCUGAAAACCAAUUUGCAGGGCUGAUUCCAGAUGCUAUUGGGAAUUUAUCAUUGUUGAUUAAACUUUUUUUAAACUCCAAUAGAUUAGAGGGCAAUAUUCCAUUAAGGUUAGGGAAUUGUCAUAAUCUAUCAGAGUUGUACCUUGAUGACAAUAAACUUGACGGCAAAAUACCUAAACAAAUUCUUCAACUUUCAUCUCUGUCCAUAACCUUAAAUCUUUCUCAAAACAACCUAAUUGGUUCACUUCCACCGGAGAUUGGAGACCUCAAGAUGUUGAGUUAUCUUGAUUUGUCUCAUAACAAUUUAUCAGGAAACAUUCCUAGUAGCAUUAGUGGUUGCUCUAGCCUUUCGGAGUUAUACCUCAAAGGAAACUUGUUUCAAGGCAUAAUACCACCAUCAUUCAGUUCCUUAAGAGGAUUGGUGGAACUCGAUCUUUCUCAUAAUAAUCUAUCGGGCCAAAUUCCUAGGUUCUUAGAAAAGUUCCCGUUAGUACAUAUAGACCUAUCCUUUAAUGAUUUAGAGGGUGAAGUGCCGAUGAAAGGAGUGUUCGCCAAUGCAAGUGCAUUUUCAGUGUUGGCAAAUAGUAGGCUUUGUGGUGGCCUGGUUGACCUUGGGUUACCCAAAUGCAAGGAUAUUCAGAAACAUAAGAGAAGGUUUCCUAUGUUUGUACUGAUCAUCUUGAUUGCAUCUACAUUUUCCACCAUUGUAUGUUAUAUAUAUUUUUGGCGUAAGAAGAAAAAUAAAGAUCAACCUGAUCGAUCAUCAAUGAAUAAAGGCUUCUUGAAAGUUUCUUAUGGUCAACUUCUCAAGGCAACUGAUGGGUUCUCCGAAGCCAAUUUGAUUGGCAAGGGUGGGUUCAGCUCUGUUUACAAAGGAAUCCUUGACCAUGAAGAUAGAUCUGUAGUUGCAGUUAAAGUUUUGCAUCUUCAUAAUCGAGGAGCUCACAAAAGCUUUAUAACCGAAUGUAAUGCAUGGAGAAACAUUAGACACCGAAAUUUGUUGAAGAUAAUAACCAUAUGUUCAAGUGUCAACUUCCAAGGCAAUGAUUUCAAAGCUUUGGUUUAUGAGUUCAUGCCCAAUGGGAGCUUAGACGAGUGGUUACAUCCAAGUGCAAGUAUAUAUAGACCGAACCUUCAUCAAAGAAUAAACAUUCUCAUUGAUGUCGCAUCUGCACUCAACUAUCUUCACAAUCAGUGCCUGAAAACAAUUGUUCAUGGAGACCUGAAGCCUAGCAACAUUCUACUUGAUGAUGAUAUGGUGGCCCAUGUUGGAGACUUUGGUUUAGUUCGAUUCCUUGGACCAGAUUCACACACAAAUAGUUCAACCGGGAUUAGAGGAACAAUUGGGUAUGUACCUCCAGAGUAUGGUCUUGGAGGAGAGAUGGCAAGUAGUGGAGAUGUCUAUAGUUUUGGAAUUUUGUUACUGGAAGUGAUGACAGGGAAAAGACCAACGGAUAACAUUUUUAACGGAGGGCUCAGCCUACAUAACUUUGCUUCCAUGGCCUUCCCGGACCAUGUAUCUGAUGUUAUUGACUGUGAGCUUCUAGACUAUCAUCAAGAGGCUGAUGCAACUUAUACGCAAAGGGUGGAAGCAAAUGCAAAGACUAUAGAGGAAUGUUUGGCUUCAAUAGUGGCGAUUGGAGUAUCAUGCUCAGUGGAUUCUCCAUCGCAACGAAUGAAUAUUGAAACUGCUGCCCAUGAGUUGAAACAUAUUCUGGAUAUGCUUCAGGCUAAGUCAUAG